AAACUUGUGUGCCUCCCCGCGGAGUGGGAAUGGGAUGGAGUGAGAGCGCGAGAGAGGAGGUGUGUGUGUGUGUGGGUGGGAGGAGAGAUGAGUCUUUGUGGAACCCAAGCUCUGUCUGUAGGAGGAUAUCCUGAGAUAGUUGUCUCUGUCUCUCUCUCCCUGCCUGGCUUCAAACAGAUUUGUUUAUAUACUCGAGACAGGCACCUCUCUCUCUUUUAGAUCACUAGAGUUCACUCGCUCCCCUCUUCUCGAGCUGGAUGAGGAACUGAAAGGAAGGUGCAGUACCAGGGGAUAGACCUACUAGGCAGGAUGAGUUCUAGGGGGACCAGGCCCUCUCCCCCUCCCAGCCCACCGGAGCGGCCGGCAUCACGGGACUCCCAGGACUCCAUGGAGGACUACUGGAGCGAAGUGAAGAACAUCGAGGAAGAUGGCCAGCGGGACCACGAGGACGUGAUGGAGAGGGGCAGUAUGGAUGAGGUGGAGCUUGAGGAGGCGUGGCUGCAGGAUGCGGGUCUUUCCACGCUGGUGUCUGGAGCGUUGGGGGAGGGGCCUGCGGAGGCGCUGCUCUCCACGCUAACGCGCUCGCAGGCAGCCAUGGUGAAGAAGCGUGUGGAUAAUUACACCUUGACUGUGAGGAAGAGGAGCAAGCAGCCGACAAGACACGUCCGAGACAUCUUCUCCACGCCAGACACAUCGCCAGUUGAUCCCAUACCCCCUGUCCCCCCCAAGUCACCCAAUGGAGACGUGCCUUCCAGAUGCGUCCACCGGACGUCUUCUAGAGUGCGGCCUGCGUGUCCCAGCUUCUCCCAGAACACAGAGAGACGUGUUUCAGAGUGCCCUCCCUGCCCACCACCUCAGGACACCUCUGACUCCCUGUCUUUCGAGGUGCCCUACUCCGAGGGCACCACUGCCCACCACAGGGGCCGCCAGGGGGACUGCCAGGACUGCCAACGCAUCCGCAGAGAUGACCAUGACCUGCCAACAUUUCAGCUGCCCAGGCCUAAACUGGGCCUCACCCGCAUCCAGGACCUGUCUUGUGAGGACAUGAAGAAGAUCGGCUACAUCUCUUUGAUUGAACUGACCACUUUCUAUGAUGGCCUGGGCAUCGAGCUCAAACGCAACCGAGCGGCACGUAGCAAGGCCAGAGAAAGUGGUAUAUUUGGAGUUCCCCUGACCACUCUACUGGAGAAUGACCAGAAGAAGUUUCCUGGGUCCAAGGUUCCUCUUGUGUUCAGAAAGCUCUUGUCCAAGCUGGAGCAGACAGGACUACAGACUGAGGGGAUUCUCAGAGUACCAGGGUCUGCCUCCAGAGUAAAGCAUCUGCGCCAGGAGCUGGAGCAGAAGCUCUAUGAGGACCGGUUUGACUGGGAGCAGGUGAGGCACAAUGACGCAGCGGGUCUGCUGAAGAUGUUCAUCAGAGAACUGCCUUAUCCUCUGCUCACGCUCCAGCACGCUCCUGCCUUCUCCGCCGCACAGAAUAUCUCCUCUCCUAGACAGCAGAUCCAGGCCCUGCAUCUCCUCAUCAUGCUGCUACCUGAGCCCAACAGAGACACACUCAAGGCGCUGUUGGAGUUCCUGAGGAAGGUGGUAGCCUAUGAGGAGAAGAACAGGAUGGGUCUGUGGAACGUGUCCAUGAUCGUGGCUCCCAACCUCUUCACCUACCGGGGCAAGAACGCCAAGCAGGAGGAGAUACAGGGCGCAGCAGGGGCAGCCCACCUCGUACGGCUACUCAUCACACACCAGGACCUGCUCUGGACCGUACCCUGCUUUCUCAUCUCCCACGUGAGGAAGUUAAAUGAGGCUGGUGCCAGCAAGAAGCCGCCCAGCUCAGAGAAGACCAAGAGGAAGCUGCUACUGAUGAGGAGGAAGACCACUGAACGAGAGAAGACUGAGAGGAGCGAGCUCACUGACCUCCGACAAGGGGUCAUCAGGGUUCACGCCCCACUACACGCCAAGAUCUCCAUGGCGAUCCAGCUUGACAACGAGACCAAGGCCAAAGACGUUAUGGCGCGCUUCGACUACGAGAACGGUCGUGGCACCAGAAACACUAGCCGGAGGCCACGUCAGUAUUUGUUUGAGGUCGGAGGAAACAUAGGUGAACGCAGCUUGGACCCUGAGACUCACCUUCUAGACGUGUACCACGUGAAUCCCCACUGCGAAUGGGUCUUAAAACCCACAACCACAUGAGAACUGAGGAAUCACUCACUCAACACAGAGCACAAGCAGACUGAACCACUGCUCUCUUGAGGUCAUCCUGGUGAACUGACCAUGCAUGGAGGCCUGGUUGAAUUGAGGUUUCAUCCCCAACUACAGACCACUAAAAAGAGAGACAGCGCUUAAAAAGGGACUAUGGAGAGGUACAUUCUCCUGCUGAAGGAUAGAUGUUCCUGUUUUGUGGGAUUUAAACCUUUUUUUAACAAAUUACUAAAAAAAGGACGGAACCACUGUACUCUGAAAAUCCGGGAUCUGUAUGGAAGUAUUUGGAGGAGGGACAGCUUUGUGAAGACGUGCCACACACGUGACCAACAACAUACUAUUUCUGGACAUUCAAAUUGUUUGAUGCCAAAUAUGUGCGCAGCAAGGUUCACCCACGACAGAGGCCAUGGACACAGUAACAGACAAGGAUGGGUCCGAUAAUCAAAUAAUGUUUACCACUUCAUGCAAGACCCAGUUAAAAUAUAUUUUCUAUAUUUAUACCACUAAUUGAUCCUGCUUUUAGUAUUGUCACACAUACUACAUGUAACUUUUGUGUCAUUUUGUAAUUGCAGCAUGUUGAUUGCAAAACCAUUGGGAGUGAGGAGAUUCAGAACAUGUGCAUGAUGGGAAGGAACAAGCGGAGAUGGGAUGAUCUUAUACUGAAUACAGACAUUGUUACAAUCUCCAACGUUGAAACAACUUCCUUUUCAUGGUCUCUGAUCAGGACUAGGCAGGUGAUAACAAUUUAGUGAAAGCCUAUCCAGUCCCUUCACCUGUCAGUGGUCAUGAAGGAAAGGUGAUGAGGAGAGGAAGCUGUGUCAGAUUAUUGAAACACAGCCCCACAUCAAACUUUGAACAAGGAUUCCAACCAUUGUCAAACCCACCUUCUCUGCUUUUUGGGUUUGCAUGUUGAACACUUAAACCUCUCCCUCCUAAUACAUCUCCUCACCCCAAUGGACUGUAAAUGUGAAAACCAUGUACACACUACAGUAUGACUUAACACACUCAACCAAUCCUGUGUCUAGUCUACAUAAGGGACUUGCAUGACAUGCCUGGAGAGUGUUUACAAUACUUCCUCUAAUGAAGACGAGAAAAGGCCAUGAGAAAAGGAGCUUCAUAGCAGUUUGCCUGACAUGCUUCCAAACUGAUUUUUACUUCAAACCACAGUGUUCAGUCUGCUUACAGUGUUUGAACUUGUGAAUGUUUACUUUCAGGGCAUGUAUGUACAGUAUGUAUGUAUGUAUGUAUGUAUUAGCCCAACCAACCUCUCUCCACUUUGUUCUGGGUCGUUCCACCAACUUUGUGCCUUUUGAGAAGUGUAACUUUGUCAAAAAUAUUGGAUUUCACCUAAUUUGAACAUUGUCAUAAAGAGCACGUUAAACUUAACAAACUGUUUUCCCAUAAAGGUAAAAUAAGUUCCUAUUAAGUGCCAAAUAAAGUAACAUGGCUGACUAACAGGGUUGAUGAUUUAAUCUUAAAACAGCUAUAAAUCCCCUUGUUGUGAGAAAUUUGAAAGUAAGCUUCAAAAUGUGUUUUUUUUAAUUGUUAAAAAAUUAUGUUCGAACCCCCCACACACUUUUCCAUCACAAAACACCAGAACAUGGUAAAAAAAAAAAAAGAGUAGAACCAACUCACCUGCUUUUACACCAUGGGUUUGACUAGUAAAUGUUCAAUGUUUCUUUUGAAAAAUACAUUUAUAAAGGAAUAGUUUUGCCAUGUUAAAACGAGUUCAGUUCACAUAACAGGGUUGACCUUAAUGAGGGACUGACGUAAAUGAAUCACUCAUCACGUUAAAUAAAUCUUCAGAAAUGACAGAGAAAUAAAACAACUAGGACUCUACAAUGAUGGUGAAAACCUGGGAGAUAUUUUGGUGUUAAGGGGGUUAAAGUCUUUCUAGAAGUCAGAGUUGACAUUCAGAGUUGCUGAAUUUUGGCACUAUUAAAAUACUUAUGGGAUUCUUCAUGUGGUCUAUAUUAAAGGGCACUUAACUUAAUAUAACAGGCUUUUAAAAUGCCUUAUUGGUGCUCGAUUUCUACUUAGCAUAUUAAAGGCACUCUCUUUGUGGAACGACCAGCAGUGUUAGCCUAGCCUGGCUUCCAAACUGGUUUCACUUCAAACCAUAGUAAAUUCAGUCAGGUCUAACCAGGCUAAUCGUAGCCUGCUUGCAGCAUUUGAACUUGUGACUGUUUACUUGCAGCUCAUGUACGUAUUAGUCAAACCAACCUCUCUCUACUUCUACUGUGCUGUUACUGUAGUUCAGUGUUUGCCUGUGCCAUGAUUGUCAGCCUUUUGUUGUUACAAGUAUUCUGUGGUCUGAACCUGAACCUGUAGAAAAUGCAUUGAAAAGAUCCUUCUGCUCAGGAUUAUUUAAUUUAUCCUUCCAAAGCCAUUGUGUAAAAAAUAAUUCUGUGAAAGAUUAAUUUGUACCAUAGACUUACUACAAUGUGUGUAUUGUCUGUAUAUAGAAUACUGAAUUUUGCAUGUUUUUAUUUUAUUUAUUUGACCACUGCCGACAGUUUUGGCCAAGUGGCACAAUGUAUCACUGACACAGUAACAAUUGAAUAUAACGUAAAACAUUUCCUUCUCACCUCAGAAUCAUA